AUGGCACCCUGUGCCUAUGUACUGGCUGAGACCUGCUCACCCACUGAAGACCUGCCCGAGUUCAGUGUGGAAGUGGUCAAUGAGCAGAACGGCAACAAGUCUCUGCCAACUGUCCAGCAGAUCAUUGUGAACAUGGGGAACAUCAGAGUGUCCCUGCUGAAAGGGCAGACACACAGGGUUGUGCCCUUCAGUGCGGUGUGCUCCAGUCUGGAUGUAGUUGGCUCCUGUGGAAGCUGUGAAGAGAGAUGCGAGUGUGACUCUGGUUACAAGCUCAUCUGCAAUCUUGACUGCAGCUUUGACAGCAGCCUUUGCAACUGGAAUCAGAUGGUCACAGAUGCUUUUGACUGGACAUGGCAAAAAGGAUCCACCCCCACACUGAUGACUGGCCCCUCUGCUGAUCACACCGGAGAUGGCCAUUACAUGUAUAUUGAGGCCAGUCACGUGACAUAUGGAGACACUUCUCGUCUCAUCAGCUCUGAGUGUUCUGACUCUGGUCCUCAGUGUCUGCAGUUCUGGUACCAUAUGUAUGGCUCAGCGGAUACAAUGGGCCUCCAUGUUUACCUCUUCCAGAACAGACUGGCCACUGCUGUCUGGCGGAAAAGGAAUGAUCAAGGAAAUAUGUGGCACCUGGCUCAGGUGGACAUUGACGCAACUGGGGCUUUUCAGAUCAUCUUUGAGGGGCGCAGAGGAUCCAACGAUCAGUCAGAUGUGGCCAUAGAUGAUAUAAAGCUUCAUCAUGGUCGUUGCUCAGAUCUGGAUGGUCUUGUUACAACACAACCUACCAAACCUGAUCUAAAUACCACAGCUCCCACAAGUGUCCCUGAGUCAACCACUGCAGCUCCUCAGCCACCUCUGGUCAAUGAAACAGCUCAUCCUCCUGUAGUCAGUGUCACUAUAACUCCCACAGUGGGGCGAAUUACAGAUGUAAUCAGUAAUAACACUGUUACUGAAGCUCCAGAAACCAGGCCUCCCCUACACCCAGAAUGUCAACUCCACUGUAAUUUUGAAAGAGGCUUGUGUCAGUGGAGUCAGAUGCUCACUGAUGCUUUUGACUGGACAUGGCAUAGUGGCUCCACUCCCACUAUAAGAACUGGGCCUUCUUCAGAUCACACCACAGGAGGUGGCCACUAUCUUUACAUUGAAGCCAACAGUGCAACAUAUGGAGACACGGCUCGUCUCAUCAGCUCUGAGUGUUCUGACUCUGGUCCUCAGUGUCUGCAGUUCUGGUACCAUAUGUAUGGCUCAGCGGAUACAAUGGGCCUCCAUGUUUACCUCAUCCAGAACAGACUGGCAACUGCUGUCUGGCGGAAAAGGAAUGAUCAAGGAAAUAUGUGGCACCUGGCUCAGGUGGACAUUGACACAACUGGAGCUUUUCAGAUCAUCUUUGAGGGGCGCAGAGGAUCCAACGAUCAGUCAGAUGUGGCCAUAGAUGAUAUAAAGCUUCAUCAUGGUCGUUGCUCAGGUGGCCACUAUCUUUACAUUGAAGCCAACAGUGCAACAUAUGGAGACACGGCUCGUCUCAUCAGCUCUGAGUGUUCUGACUCUGGUCCUCAGUGUCUGCAGUUCUGGUGA